CUUUAAGUGAGACUUCAGUGCAAAGAACUAGAAAAUGGCCAGAUAUGAUGGGUAAGAUGAUUGAAGCUGUCACCUUCCAUCGACCUAUUUCAACAAUCAUAAAUAAGAAGGAGGUCAACCAUGCAAAGAAAUAUGAUGGUUUAGAGAUGAACAUUUUUAUUGAGAUAGCCAAGAAGUUGAACAUGACUUGGCGGAUCAAUGAACUGGAUGGUGAGAUGGAUAAGUGGGGACAACUCCUGAGCAAUGGUACUUGGAAAGGAGGAAUCAUGGAGCAACUCACCUCAGGAACUGCGGAAAUUGGAUUUUGCACUCUUUGGAUGUCUCCUCAUCAGAUACCUUAUCUGGAUUUCACUACUUCUUGGACCACUAUAUCAUCAAAAUUCCUAGUUCCAAGACCCACAGUUAUUGGCAUCUCCUGGGAAAGUCUAGUGAAGCCAUUUUCACUCCCAGUGUGGAGUGUGGUUGUCCUCUGCUUACUUCUGUUCCCUGCAAGUGUUUGGGUCAUGAUCCACCUACACUUGUUGUUUACUAGAGAUCAGCAGCUUUCGGAUAAGACAAGUAAUAUUGUUGAUUCAUCUAAUAGCAUGUUAAGAGGUCGGUCACAGAAAAGUAAGAAACAGAGGAUGCAUUCAAUGGUACACUUAAGUGGUGUCUAG